CAAACCACCUUAAACCUCGGAGAAGUCGAGUCUCAGAAGGUUUCAUACGAUUCCCCUUGAAUUCUCAGCAGAGAGAGAGAGAGAGAGAGAGAGAGAGAGAUUUCUUUCUCAGAUUCCAUCGCAGAAUAGCCUUUGAAUUCUCGGCUGAAAGAGAGAGGAUGGCAGUUGGGGUUUUGGAGGUGUUGCUGGUGAGCGCAAAAGGCCUUGGAAACACUGAUUUCUUUGAUGGUUUAAUAGGUAAGAUGGAUCCCUACGUUUUGAUUCAGUACAAGACACAAGAACGCAAAAGCAGCAUCGCCAGAGGGCAGGGAAGUAAUCCAUCAUGGGGGGAGAAGUUCACGUUGCGGGUGGAGUAUCCAGGAGAAGGCGACCAUCACCAGUUCAAGCUCAACCUCAAGAUCAUGGACAAAGACACCUUCUCCGCCGACGACUACAUUGGAAGUGCGACCAUCUUUCUGGAGGACUUUCUGGCGUUAGGAGUGGAGAACGGGACCGCCGAGCUGCAUCCGAGCAAAUACCGGGUGGUUCGGAUGGACCAGUCCUAUUGCGGAGAGAUCCAAGUUGGCUUAACAUUCAAUUUAAGGGAGGAGCCGGAGAUUAAUGAAGAGUACGGAGGAUGGAAGCAAAGCGAGUAUUAGUCGACAGCUAUGUCCAUGUGUGAUCUUUUCCCUUUUCUUUUGUUGUUUUGUUCAUGAACGUGCGGAUCAUCAGCUGUGGCUUUUGAGGACUUGAAAUGGAGAAUGUACUUAUUCAUUAGUGUAUUCAAGACAUAGACUCAUCUUCUAGGACAUUUAACUGAAGAUAAAGGAGCUAAAGAAAGUUUCAUA